GAGGAGAGGCUAUGGUGCCGCGGAUACAGUGCAUUGAAGCCAGAAUGGGAAGAAGCCCAAGAGAAGCAUCUUCCGCACACUCUUCUGCUGUUGUGUGUCAGGAGAGAGCGACAGUGGUGGAUCGGCCAACGGAGUGUGUGUCUCAGAAGAUGUGUCUCCCUACACCCACCUACAACCCCCCACGGGGCCACAGCGGCACCUCCUGCCAGCAGUCAGCCAUCGAGACAUGCACAAAAAGUGCAUGGUUAUUGACCUUGACGAGACGCUUGUCCACUCCUCCUUCAAGCCUAUCAGCAAUGCUGAUUUCAUAGUUCCUGUUGAAAUAGACGGAACCAUCCACCAGGUGUAUGUAUUGAAGCGGCCGUAUGUGGAUGACUUCCUUCAGAAGAUGGGGGAGCUUUACGAGUGCGUGCUUUUCACAGCCAGUUUGGCCAAGUAUGCGGACCCAGUGGCUAACCUGCUAGACAAGUGGGGGGUCUUCCGGGCGAGGCUCUUCCGCGAGUCGUGCGUCUUCCAUCGAGGCAAUUACGUUAAGGACCUGAGCCGUCUAGGCCGCGAUCUUCACAAGGUGGUGAUCAUGGACAAUUCACCAGCUUCCUACAUCUUCCACCCUGACAAUGCUGUUCCUGUUUCAUCGUGGUUCGAUGAUAUGAGUGACUCAGAACUCAUAGACCUUAUUCCCUUCCUGGAAACAUUGAGUAAGGUAGACAAUGUGUAUAGUGUUCUGCGUAACUGUAACAAUCCCCUGAACUCGCAACCACCGCCACAAAAUCAAGGAAGUCAGGUUCUCCCGCAAAUAAGCCAGGGACCCAUGACUCAAGUUCAGCCACCACUCAUCUCACAACAGCAACCACAGCAGGAUCAGCAGCAGCAGCAACAGCAGUACCAGAAUGAUUAUGAGGAGACCAAGGAUGGACCCUCAUGAGGGGAGGGAGCCGCCACCGGGCAGGCAGUAUCAGAGGGGGACUAUACCACUAAGGAGUGACCCCCUUUGGUGAGCCUGCCAGGGCCCCCACCCUCCCGACCCCCUUGGCCACA